AUGGAGACUGGUUGGGAUCCUUUUGGUGAUCCUGCCGAUGCUGACAUUGAUCCUCCUGCCAAAAUCAAGAGCGCCGAACGUACCGUGGACGCGAAUGCAGGCGGUGUGGCGACAUCGCUGUCGGUCGAGACCGUCCACGAUGCUCCUUUGGACCCCUGGAAUGACCUCACCUUUGUUUCGUUGGUGCAAGAGGCAGCCAAAGAAGUUCAGGAACAAACAGAGGCUAAUCUCAGAUUUCUGGCUGAAAAGCAGGCAGAGGAGGAGCAGAGGCAGUUGCAAAAGGAAGCCCGACGUCUGAAGCUCGAGCAACAAGCGAGGGAGUUGGCAAAGCUCAGCCUUCCGGAGCGCCGGCAGAAGCUCAGAGAGCGAGAGGCCUACACCGAGUUUGCGAUGGAAGCGAUUCAGCAAGCCCCAGCUUUUGUGGCAGCAAAAGCCCAGCGCAAAGCUCGAUCCAGGGAGCUCGAAGGGCUUCCGCAAGAUACCGAGGUGGCUUUGGGAAAGGCUGCAGCAGAGAUUGCUGCAGCUAACAUGGGUGUGAAAAUCAACUUCAAGACCAAGGCGGAGGCCAGCUGCCCAAUCGCCUUGCUGUUCCCGGAUCAGAACUCCAAGAGCUUGAAGAUGCUGAGGGGCUUGCAGGAGCUUCCGGGAGCGCGGCGCCUGCGCGAGGCGGCGCGGGCGGUGCUCGAGUUCGACCCGCUCGAGGGCCCGGGCUUCCAGGGCUUCUACGAGCUCCUCCGCGGCCCCGAAGGCUGGCUGGAGCACACUCAGUACUGCCAGCCAGUGAUGUACAUCACCCAGCUCGCGGCUGUCGAGAAGCUUCGGGACAAGAGGCCCGCGGCCUUGGAGCGCUGCAAAGCCGUCGCGGGGCUCUCGCUCGGAGACUUCGCCGCGCUGACCUUCGCCGGGGUCUGGGACUUCGAGACCGGGUUGCGAGCUGUGCAGCUCCGAGGGGAGCUCAUGGAGGCGGCGAUGCUGGAGAGUCCCCAAGCAGCUCUAGCGGUGGCCGGCCUGAGUCAGGAGACCGUGGAAGGCCUCUGCGUCGAUUGCAGGAAGCCUGGCGAGGUCUGCGAAAUUUCGCAGCGACUCUUCGCCGACGGUUUUCUUUGCGCGGGCUCUGAUGCAGCUGUUGAGCGUCUGCUCCAGCGUGCACGGAGCACCAGGGGCUGCAAGCAGGUCCAGCAAGUGCUGGCCGGGGCGUGCCACACGUCGAUGAUGGCGGAGGCCAGGAUGCAGAUGCUCGACUUCCUGCAAAGCUUCGCAGGGAGUCUGCAACCCCCCAGGAUCGACGUGUACCUGAGUUGCGGCACGAAGGUUGCGGCUGGCAGCUCUCCCGAUUGGGCCGCUCUCCUGGCGGAUCAGCUGACGCAGCCCGCAAACUGGAUGGACUCGGUGGUUGCCAUGCUCAAGGACGGCCUCGGCGAGUUCUACGAGUGUGGUCCGCUCAAUCAGUUGAAGGGCAUCAUGAAGAGAAUAGAUCCGAUGGCAUACAAGGCCACCAUCGCUUUGGACGUGUACAGUGAAGAGUGGCAGAUGCGGCCGGCAGGCAGUUUGCCCCCACGCUGGGCACCGUGGCUGCAUCAAGAGCUUGUCGGCAGUUCAGCUUCAAGCCGGGCAUGUGGUCACAAAUGGGAAGAAGACUGCUCGAAUCGUCUCAUCCAGAAUCGGUUUAUGAUGUUGUAUCCAACAUACAAGCACAACCCCUCCCCACCAACCGAUCAUCCUGCGCUUUGA